AUGCCCGCUCGAAUAAAUUUUCUAUCAAAACGAUUAAUUAUUAUCAUUUAUUUAUUAACGAUUGUUUUAGAGAAGCUUGGUUACAGAAUCUUGUACGGCCCGAAUGAAACGAAUUUUGACUUAUUAUGGGUGCAUGAGUAUCCUUUCACAAUCGCUUCUUUGCAAAGGUUUAUAAAAGGAGUCAGACCAUACCAAAAAAUCAAUCACAUCCCAGGUUCUGGAUAUUACACAAGUAAAAUACAUUUGUUAACAUCAAAAUUAUCGAUGGGACUACUAAAAACUUUCAAAAUUCCUGAAAUGAAGGACGAAUUUUUGCGUUACUAUGAAAGAAACUCAAAUGAACUGUUUAUAAUAAAAAAUAAUAAACAUCGCGGCAUUGAAAUAAAAAGUAUCGAUGAAAUUAAUUUCACUAUAAACAACUUUUUUAUACAACAAUACGUAUCAAAUCCUUACCUUAUUGAUGGAAAGAAAUUUGAUAUUGGAAUAUAUACAGUCAUAACAUCGGUACUACCACUACGAGUUUAUAUUUAUGAAGGUGAUGUGCUAUUACGCUUUUGUCCUGAAAAUUAUUUCCCAUUUGAUUCGAAAAAUAAAGAUAAAUAUGUUGUUAGUGACGAUUAUUUACCCAUUUGGCAGGUAAUUUAUCAAUUAAAAAAGUAUUAUGCUGAACAAAAAAUGACAUCUCGUGAGACGCUUAACGCUUAUAUUCGUGCAAAUGGUAAAGAUGCUAGCAAAGUGUGGAGUACCAUCAAAGAAAUCAUUGCAGAAUACUGCGCCAAUUUUAGGCCAUUUUUUGAACUUUCUCGUUUCGAUUUCAUCCUUGAUGAUCAUCUUAAUCAAAAUGGCUUAUUGCCUGACAAUUUGUUUUUAGCAAAUAUGUCACCAAAUUUAUCGUCAUCACACUUUAAACAAAAUGGUUUAUUAUAUGAACAGUUAUUAUUAAAUGUUUUUUCUUUGGUUGGAAUCGCGAAUCAUUUUCACGGCCAAUCUUUGGAGGAAAAGUUGUAUGUUUUCUUCUAUUGGUGCCCUUUAUAUUUUUGUGCUAUGCUAAAGUACAAAUUAAGAAUUCAUUUGCAGAAAUGCCGAUUAUGUGGGCAUUGUUUCAAUUAUGAAAUGAAAACGAUAUUGCGAUCAUCGUAUUUAGAGCAAAUUUCGAGAAGAAAUCUGCGAAGGGUACUACCUACGACGAUUCCUAAUGAGCGCCACGUCUAUCGCAAAUAUACUCAACUCGAUAGACUUAUCAUUUUGUGGUUUGAUGCCAAGUGUAAGCAAGACAAGGUGUGGUGUUCGUAA